GCGCGCGUGAGGACGUCCGGGAGCGCGCGCGCCGCCGCCGCCGCCGCCGAGCUGGGCGGGAGCUGUUGGCGGUGGGUCUGAAGGUGAUGGCCUUGACUGAAGGCCUCGAGUCGGCAUCUCGCGCUGUUUCUGCAGUCGCUGCCCCGGACUCGGUGCGCUCAUCGUCAUGAGAGGAGACAGAGUCCUGAAGCAAAGAAAUCUGGAUCACAGAAAAAGUAUUCAGGGGUCAUGCAAGCCAACUGUAGCCAACUGCACAGCCCUUCCGGAGCUGCAGGCAGUGAGGAUGCCUCAGCCUCCCAGUGUGUCCAAACAAGACUGACAGGAGCUUCCUGUCUUUAUUCUGGAGAUGUUCAUAGUCAGAUAAACUCCAUGCCUAAAGAAUGUGCUGAAAAUCCAAGCUCCAGAAAUACAAGGUCAGGUGUCCACAGCUGUACCCAUGGAUGUGUACACAGUCGCUUACGGAGUCACUCCCACAGUGAAGCAAGGCAGACUGACGAUACCGAGACAGAGUCUGGAGAUCAUGGUAGUAGCUCCUUCUCAGAAUUCCGACAUCUCUUCAAGUGGUUGCAAAAAAGUCUUCCAUAUAUUUUGAUUCUGGGUGUCAAACUUGUUAUGCAGCAUAUAACAGGAAUUUCUCUUGGAAUUGGGCUGCUUACAACUUUUAUAUAUGCAAACAAAAGCAUUGUAAAUCAGGUUUUUCUAAGAGAAAGGUGCUCAAAGAUUCAGUGUGCUUGGUUACUGGUAUUCUUAGCAGGAUCUUCUGUUCUUUUAUAUUACACCUUUCAUUCUCAGUCACUUUAUUACAGCUUAAUUUUUUUAAAUCCUACUUUGGACUAUUCGAGCUUCUGGGACGUACUUUGGAUUGUUGGAAUUACAGACUUCAUUCUGAAAUUCCUCUUCAUGGGCUUAAAAUGCCUUAUUUUAUUGAUGCCUUCUUUCAUCAUGCCUUUUAAAUCCAAGGGUUAUUGGUAUAUGGUUUUAGAAGAAUUAUGUCAGUAUUACCGAACUUUUGUCCCUGUACCAGUUUGGUUUCAUUACCUUAUAAGCUAUGGGGAGUUUGGUAAUGUAACUAGAUGGAGUCUUGGGAUAUUGCUGGCUUUACUCUACCUCAUACUAAAACUUCUGGACUUUUAUGGACAUCUGAGAACUUUCAGACGGGUUUUGCAAAUAUUUUUUACACGACCAAGUUACGGAGUGGCUGCCAGCAAGAGACAGUGUUCAGGUGUGGAUGAUAUUUGUUCAAUAUGUCAAGCUGAAUUUCAAAAGCCAAUUCUUCUCAUCUGUCAGCAUAUAUUUUGUGAAGAGUGCAUUACCUUAUGGUUUAACAGAGAGAAAACAUGUCCGCUGUGCAGAACUGUGAUUUCAGACCAUAUAAACAAAUGGCAAGACGGAGCCACUUCAUCACACCUUCAAAUAUAUUAAGUUCUAAACUUAAUAUUAAGGCCACAAAACACUAAUUUUAUUUGGUUACAGUGACUAUUGGUAAAGACAUUAGAAUGGAUUUUCAGGGCUGGAAGUUAAGGAAAAUGUUUCCAAAUGGUUUUAGAAUAUUAUAAUAAGACAAGUGUGUAGUCCAGCUUAUCAAAAGAUUAAAUGAAAGAACCCUAUAUUUAAAAAAAUAUAUAAGUAAUGUUCAACAUAAUGCAUAUGCAACAUUUAUUCUAUCCUAAUUAUUUGACAAAUGAUUGCAGUGUUAAAUUGUAAAUGUGUUUUCUUGUUAAUGUUACCAAAAUGACAAUCGGAUAACUAGAACUAGUGGUUUUAGAGGAAUUCAGGUAUUCUUUCCUGACACUGUUUUCAGAAUAAAGAAUAUUUUUCAUAAUAUUUUAAGAUACACAUAACCUGAAAGAAUUUUCUUUAACAUUGACUUUUAUAAUUCCCAUUCUAAAAAUUCUAAAAUUUUUCAUUAAAUUUGUAUUUUUAAAUGAAAGCUCUAAAUGCUAUAUUCUACCUGUACAAUCAGAUUUUUCUAAGGAAGAUUUACUGAGGAUGAAAUAUUUUAAUAUUGUAUUAUUCUUUGUAGUGUGAUUAGCAGUCAUUGAGAACAGAUGAUUUAAAUUCCUUUUCUUUGUGGACUUCAUACAUACAAUCCUGCCAUCAGCUUUAAUGUUCAUGAUCUUGCUUUUUGGAAAGUGCCAUGGACUUUCUUGAAUUAUUAAAAUAAUUCACAUGGAUUACAAACAGCUGGCUUCACUGAUGAUUUGAAUAGAGUGACAAGACCAACUCAAAUACUUAGAAAAGAAUUCCUCGGGACUUCCCGGUGGUCCAGUGGUUAAGACUCCGCACUUCCAAUGCAGGGGGCGUGGGUUUGAGCCCUGGUCAGCGAACUAGGUUCCCACAUGGUGCGUGGCCAAAAAAAAAAGAAAGAAAAAAAAGGAUUUCCCAAUGUAACUAGUCUUCUCCAGAGGAGUUUUGGAAUCUCAUGCUUGAAUCACCAUUACUUGGGAGAUUAAAGCUUGCACUCAGGCCAACAAAAGCUUUGGAGAGUGUGGUUUGUUUGCCUACAGGUAUUUGUGCAGGGUGGUGGAAAGAGAAUGAGGCACUUUCUCUCCCACUAUGAAACCUCUAAGGGGGGAUGGAUCUAUACCAGAAAUCCAAAGGACUGGUUAUUAUCUACAUUUAGAUGCAAGGCCUCUACCCAUUUUCUCUUUUACCAUCUAUCAGUUUGCACACAAGAAAAAGAUAGUGGUGGGAAGUAGAAGUUAUGAGGUAGAGGUAGA